AUGAGUUUUUCUUGGCUCGCACCAAUCCUCACACCUACUGCUCUGCGCUCAGUAGAAGCAGACGGCCGACCAGUCAUUACACUGUUCCUGGUCAUCUUCGGCCUCUCGGUUCUCGGCACGGUCAUCUGGUAUGUCCACUUUGUGACAUCCAAAAUGUACCCGAAGAAGAAGGAAGCGAAGAAGGGAAAGAUGCUCGGCUUUAUCAAGCGGUAG